UGUGUCCAUCUUGCCAGCUGGAAAGCAGCCCUUUAAAAUAGCUUUGCAGCUGCGCCUUUUUUUAGCCUCGACGUUUUCUGCGAGUCCAACCUUUCGACCAGGGUUUGGAAACUAACAUACAAUAACUCUAGCGAAUAAAGCGGUUGUUUGCUACAGGCCUUUCCGAGCUGAGUCUGAGUAAUAUUGGCCACACACAAGGAGAGGGUGAGCAGUGUGCAGAGCUCCAGGCUAAGCCCCGGUGUCAGGUGCUCUGUGUGACCGCUAGUGAUGCCUGAUACUGCGGAUCGACGCGCUGCAAUGGGACGAUCUGCUACAGUGGAGCACUAUAAGGCAGCCAUGCUGCUGAGUGGAGCUGGUGAUGCUCUGGGAUACAGGAACCAGCUGUGGGAGUACAAUGAGUCGGGACCGGCUAUUCAUCAGGAGCUGAAGGAGCUCGGUGGUCUGAAGAACAUCAAGGCCGAGCUCCCUGAUUGGCCGGUGAGCGACGACACAGUCCUUCAUCUAGCGACGGCCGAAGGACUGGCAACUGGCAAGGUUGGGGAGGACCUGUUGCAUGAUGUGGCGGCACGAUAUGUGGAGGGGAUGAAGGACAUGGAGGGGAGGAAGCCAGGGCCUUCAAGCAUCCUGGGAGUCUCCCAGCUGAAGCCCGGAGAGGAGGGGGGCUUCAGAGUGAACUAUAACCCAGAGGGGACAGGCUGUGGAGCCGCCAUGAGGUCCAUGUGCAUCGGCCUCAGGUAUCCAAAGCCGGACCAGCUGUUGUCGUUGGUGGCGGUUGCUGUGGAGACGGGCAGGAUGACCCACCCUCACCCGACAGGUUUCCUGGGGGCCGUAGCGUCGGCUCUUUUUACAGCGUACGCCGUGCAGCGCAGGCCAAUCACGACCUGGGGUCUGGGCCUGCUCAACGAGGCCUGUCCAAUAGCAAAGUGCUUUGUUCAGGGUCGGGGCUUCGCUGUGGAGGAGACGGAGAGGGACUGGGACUUCUUCUGUGACAAGUGGCAGUGGUACCUGGACACCAGGGGCAUCUCCUGUGGGGUGGGGCCUGUGAUCUGGCCCUCCUCCUACGGCCCAGCAGAGAGAGACGAGGACUACAAGAGCUUCAGCCUGUCAGGCCGGGCGGGGCGCAGCGGACACGACGCCCCGAUGAUCGCGCUGGACGCCCUGCUGGGGGCGGGGGCCGACUGGGAGGAGCUGAUGAGCAGAGCCGGCUUCCAUGGGGGCGACAGUGACAGCACCGCAGUGAUCGCCGGCUGCUGCUGGGGUCUCCUGUACGGCACCCAGGGGGUCCCCGAGGGCAACUACUGCAACCUGGAGUACCGGGACCGGCUGGAGCGCAGCGGGGAGCAGCUCUACGCCCUGUCCCACUGAGGAGCAGACCCUGCUGCACUGACUGUGUCCUGACGUCCCGCACUGAGGGGGAACGAGGCCACACACACUGACACGUCGACGGACAGCUGGGUGGCGCUCGGCCGUUCAUCGAACCAGAGCGCUGACACCGAGCCACACUGGGGGGUGUCAUUCUGCCUGAAGGGGAAGCGGAGUGCCUUACUCACCCAAAGAAGAGUCUCAUCUGCCAGAACAAGUGUGCCUCAUGAGGCAGAUGUAUAAAGAGGAGUCCCCCUAGUGACCAUUUUAAAUUAACAUGCAGAAUUACACCACUGAGUGGAACAAAUCCCAGCUAAUGAGAAAGUGAAGAGAAGACAAAGAAUCCCCUGAGAGGCAAUUAUGUCGUUUUGUCAGCCUGACAUAAUGACAGUGAAUUAUCGAGCUUCAAAUUAAAUGUGCUCUUGUUAUUGUCUAAUGAAAAUUAAAUGUCUGUGUCUCAUUAGAGUGGCUUCCUGCAGUGCAGAGCAGAACUGUAACUGCCAAACACAAUUCAUGUUUCAAUAAAUUAAACAAACAAGGCUUUGAAGUUGAGUUGAAAACUUUAUUUUUUGGUCAUUGUUGUUUUAAUAUUU